AUGGCCAUCCUCCGUCACUCGAUAGCGCCGCUUCGGGCGGUCCGGUGCGCUCGCCAGCCCGUCGCCGCCGUGCGAAGCUUCUCCGUCACCGCCAACCGACGCGGCGGCGGCCACGGCAACGAGUCGCAGUUCGAGCCCCCCAGCGGCUGGCUCUGGGGCAUCAAGCCCGGCGAGAAGCCCGAACCCGAGGGUUGGGAGUGGCCCAUGUACAUCUUUUGCGGCAGCCUGGUCGUUGCCGGCGUCGCCCUUGCCUUCAAGCCCGACACUAGCGUCUCUACCUGGGCUCUCGAGGAGGCUCGCAGAAGAUUAGAGGCUGAGGGUGUCCUGCCUGACCCCACGGCAUCUCAGAACAAGAAGUGA